CCCCUGACCCUUUGUCUGGAAAAUGCUGAUUGGCCCUGUGCUGAUCACAUGCACCCCACCCCAGAAAAAAACUCUCUAGCAAUACACACCAAACAUGAGCAGAGUGUCUCCUAGAGCUCUGUACUAUCAGCAGAUGGACUGGGGACUGUGGAAGAAGGGGAGGAUCAGAGAAGACAGAAUGAAACAGCCUUUUUACACAAUGGAGAGGAUUAACUCCUUAGGUUCCACAGUGAGAAUAACAAGCAUGCUUUACUGCAUAUACAGACUGAUUUUACUGGUCUUGAGUUUAGUAACACUU